ACAUCUUGAGUUUUUGAGUUGUUUUAUUAGUUUUUAGAUUUCAAGUAACCUGUAAAUGCUGUAAAAGCUGUUAUACAACUUUUCUUGACAACAUGGGUUUGUUUAUUAAAAUGCAUUCGACCUUAAUUAAUAUUCAAAUUCGAUUGGACAAAGUACGUGACUGCAUCCACAUACCUCAAUUCCUUUGUGUUUUUAAACGAAAUUGAUGUUAUACGAAUUUAUAGUAACUGUCCUUUAAUGCUGAUGUGUAAUCAAUCGACCUAAAUUCAGUUUUAUGUAAUACAUAGUUUUAGCUGCAACAAAUAAUGGUGCACAACUGAGGUCCGGACAUAUUCUGCUUUUGAAAUUAAAUAAAAAAUAUUAUUGAAAAAAAUGGCAAGAUAUUUUGAAAACACAACUAUAUUCAACUUCAGCUGGGAUCAAGUCGCUCUGGGGUAUUGGAAGAGGUAUCCCAAUCCACAAAGCACACAUGUGCUAUCAGAGGACACCUGCAGCCGACAAGUAAAGAAUGGGUGCCUUUACACAAAGCGACUGCUAACCAAGACCAACAGGGUGCCCAAAUGGGGGGAAAGGUUCUUCAGUGCGAAGUCGGUGAAGAUAAUAGAGGAGAGCAUAGUUGAUCCAGAGAAGAAGGUUUUGGUCACUUACACCAGGAAUUUGGGAUACACUAAAGUUAUGAGCGUGGUGGAGCGCGUGGAGUACAGUAUGUGCCUGUCCCCAGAGCGUGGUGGAGCGCGUGGAGUACCGGCCGGCGGGCGCGGGGCAGACGGUGGCGCGGCGCUGCGCGUGGAUCGACUCGCAGGUGUUCGGCUUCUCGCGCGCCAUCCGCGCCUUCGGCCUCGACCGGUUCCGCAAGAACUGCAACCAGAUGGUGAACGGCUUCAACUUCGUCCUGCACAGCAUGUUCCCGCGGCAGGCGCCCGCGCACCCCAUGGCGCCCAUGGCGCACACGCUCAAAGAGAUGCGCGAGGCCGCCGCCGCCGCCACCGACCGCGCCAAGGCCAACGUGCUCUCCUCCGUCAACCGCAGCUAGGACGACUGAGGCGCUCCCAGGACGCUCCCCAACACGUGCACAUGCAAGUGAACAACACAUAAAUACAUUUCAAAACACAAGUGAAAUGUAAACAAGUGUUACACGAGGACAUUGUAGAACACACGUUAAAUAUACAGUUGAAUAAUGCAGUACACAUAAGAACAUUUCAAAACACGUGUGAAAUAUAAACAAGUGUUACACGAGGACAUUGUAGAACACAUUAAAUAAUACACUUUAAUAAUGCAAUACACUGAACAAUUCGAAACACAUGUGAAAUGUAAACAAGUGUUACACGAGGACAGUGUAGAACACACGUUAAAUAUACAGUUGAAUAAUGCAGUACACAUAAGAACAUUUCAAAACACAUGUGAAAUGUAAACAAGUGUUACACGAGGACAUUGUAGAACACACGUUAAAUAUACAGUUGAAUAAUGCAGUACACAUAAGAACAUUUCAAAACACAUGUGAAAUAUAAACAAGUGUUACACGAGGACAUUGUAGAACACACGUUAAAUAUACAGUUGAAUAAUGCAGUACACAUAAGAACAUUUCAAAACACGUGUGAAAUGUAAAGAAGUGUUACACGAGGACAUUGUAGAACACACGUUAAAUAUACAGUUGAAUAAUGCAGUACACAUAAGAGCAUUUCAAAACACAUGUGAAAUACAAACUAGUGUUACACAAGGACAUUCCUGAGUGAACGUGAAAUACUCCUAUAAAUAGUUGAUGAAGACAUUUUUAAACACAUGUCAAAUGUAAGUAGGCGUGACACAAGGACAUUCCUGAACACACAAUGAAAAUACAGUAUGCAAUACAUUUCAAAACACAUGUGAAAUGCAACCAAAUGAUACUAACAAAUAACCACGAGGACAUUCCGCAACACACGUGAAAAUAUUUAAACUAAGUGACACAAUAUAUAUUUUUAAUAUGUAUUUAUAGUAUGGAAAUAUUUUCAUGAGGUUCGCCAAACUUGGUUAACCAAUUUAUGUGACACAUGACAACAUUUAAAAAAUAUGUUUGAUAUACUUAUAGUAAAACACACAAGAAAUAUUUAAAAAAUUAAGAAACAAACGUAACAUAAAAUACUUGCAAAAAACAUGAAAAUAUUUCCAAACACAUGUAAAUAUAAUCCUCUCAAGUGACACUAUAAACAAGGAUAUUCCUAAACACAAAUCUAACCAAGUGAAAAAUACAUAAAAUACAUCUUAAACAGACACUAAUACAUUUUGAAACACAUUAAAUACAAUUAUGCCAAGUGAGACACACUUUUAGAAAAGACAUUUUGCAAACAAUUUUGGUUUUUGUCAGAAACAGUCUCGAUAAGUUGUUGUGUAAUAUAAUAUUAUUAUUUUAUGAUAGGCCAUGCAUUUUCACUUUACUCACUAGUGCUAACAAGUCAUCAUUAUAGCCUAUUAUAAACGUGCCAAUUCAGGAACAGGCCUCCCUAGUUAUAGGAAAGUUGAUAUGAAGUUAAGUCCAAUGCUGGUUAGUUGGAAUAAAUAGCCUCAAUAGCUCAACAAUAAGAGUGGUCGGACUUAUCACCGAGGGGUGAUGGUUUGAUCCCUGCCCCGUUGGUCUAUUGUCGUACCCACUCCUAGCGCAGUCUUUCCCGAUUAAUUGGAGGGGAAUUGGAAUAUUUGUCAUAUUAAAAAAAAUAUAUGGCAAAUAUUCUUUAAAAAGAAAUUAUAUAAAAUGAGAAGAAUUUCAUUGCAUGCUCUGUGCUUCCACCACUUGAGAACCUAAUUAAAAUUUAGUGAUAGUUGGUAAAGUAAAGUAUACAUUUCCUUGAAAAAGUACAAUUAAACAUUAAAUUCAUAAAUGUUUUAGCUUUGAGAAAAAUAAAAAAUGAGAAUUAUAUUUAGCGAUAUACACAAAUAAAUUGUAUAAAUUAUAAUAGUGUCUUGUGCAUUUACUCUUACAAUAUUCGUCUUUCAUACAAUUUAAUAGGAGUAAGUGCAUAAUACACUCUUGCAUAAUAUAUAGGUAAGUAUAAGAUAUUAAAUAUUAUAAAUAUAAUAAUUAAAUAUUUAAACUACAAGUGUUUACAAUAAACAAAAUCUGCUUGCCAUAUUAUUUGUAAAAGGAUUGCAAUUUUUAAAUGUAACUAUCAAGAAUCAACUUGUAUCAGUAGUAAAUAAAAUAUGUGACGAUCAAAAUUUUUUAAAUCUAUUUCUCACUUACAAAGCACUGCCAUAUGUUCGCAUACAUUCAUAAUUAUUAUUUACGCUACUAUGUACCUAAGUGCCGGGUUUACAUUACGAAACAAAAAAUAUUUUUUAGAGUUUCCUCCUUAAGAAACGAUAUAUAGCCCCCCGUUUGAAAAAAAUAUGGGCAGUAAAAUUGGAUGAACGAAUGGCAGCGUUCCGUUUUUUGUGCGCAACCUAUUCUGCGCACCUUUCACCGUGCGCUGCUGCCCACAGCGUGCACAUGCGUUCGGGCACGCACGUCGCGGCCUGCUGCACCUCGGUUGCGCACCUUUCACUUUUCAGGCGUUAGUAUUGAGACGUACCUUCAUAAUGUAUGCUGCGGGGCAACAUACAGUAAUUUAGACACGUCGAUCUGAAAGAGUAAACUCCAUUCGUGCAUCGAAGCUAACACACUUUUUUUUUUAUUAAUAUUUAUAAAUGCUACAUAAACAAUAGGAACAUGUCAUUAUUGGUCAUUAUUAUGGAUAGAAUGUUGAUUAUUUGUUUUUACAAUAAAACAUACAUGCCAUGUAAAAUAAUGAAAGAUAAAAAAAUAUAUAAAAGACAAAAUGUAAAAAAAAAUAAAAAUUAUAUAACUAUUAUGUCACAAUCUUGUAUAUUUGUUGUCAUAAAUUAAAUGCUAAAUAAUAUAAGUUGAUUAUAAAUUCAAAUUUUGUCAAUUUUAAUCACUCUUAGCGUAAACCCGGUCUUGUAAGAUGGUAUUAUGAACUUUCCAAUAAUGAUAUUGAUCAUAGAUUGCCACAUUCCAACUGUGGGAGUUUUUGUGAAUGAACAUUCAUUUUCAUUUAAAACAUGCUACUGAAGUAUUCAUUCAAAAUCAUCAUUCAUUGAUGAAUGUUUUAAGCAUAAUAUUAAGUUCAUGUUUAAUAUUAAUAAAUCUUUGCUGUAUCAAAACAAUUAAUUAGAAAUUGAUUUAAUUCCUAAUCAUGCUAAGACUUUUAAAAUUAAAAUAAUUAUAAAUCGAAAGUGAAAUAUGAAUAAAAUAUACUGUUUACACUUAUUCUGAUUUUAAUUAUUAAAUGUUAGUGUAUUAAAAAAAGAUAGAAUAUUGUAAAUAAACCUUAGCUUGUCCAUAUGUCUUACCAUAGUGAUAAUAUAAAUGCAUUUUUUGUGGUAUGUAUUUUGAAAUCUUGUUCAAUUACUGUUUGUAUGUACUCACGUCGCUAGUAUAGUAUGAUGCAAUCUUUAUGACGUUUUAGACUAGCAUUACGAUACAAGAUUUUAGAUGCCAGCGGUAACGCAGGGAUGCGGCGGCAAGGCCAUCUUCCCUCAGUUCUUGAUUUUUGCAUACACUACGUGACACUAGCUUAUUGCUGAGACGUCAUAAGGAUUGCAUCCGAUUAUACUAACUUUAGAUUAUUUCAUAAAAAUUGGACUACAUAUACUAAAAUUAGUAGGUAGGUAUAUGUCCGAAUUAUUUGUACAUGGCACCUUAACAUAUUCAAACAUUAAGUUUGUAUGGAAACUGAUGGAAAUAGAAAUUAUAUAAAAGGACUUUUAAGUAAAUAUUUGUGUCAGAAGGUCUUGAAUAAUUGCAACAUGAACAUCUUUCGUUUCAAAGACACCACACCAGCCGAAUGUAUUAAGGUGUCAGGUCAAAAUCAUUUUCACUACCCUAUAAUAAUUUGUGAUGAAAAAUCCCAAUACCUGAUGUCCAAAGGCUGGCGAGCAAAUGACGAGGUCCUCAAUAAGGUUUUUAGUUACUCUUUAAUUAAUAUGGAUAAUAUUAAUGUUGAAUUAAAGUUGAAUACUAACUUACUAUAAUGAAAUGUUUAUUAAUUUUCGACUUUAUUUCACUUUCACAAUCACAUUAGUUUGAAUAUAACAAACUGUGCUUAGCAAUAGCGAAGACUGAAAUUUUCUCUUAGGUAACCCGUGUUUUUUUAGUCUGAAUGUGUUUUUGACUGAGUAUGUUAAAUUAUAAGUUCCGUGGAUUUUUAAAAGGUAACCCGAUAGGAAUCGAGUUGGUUAGGAACCAUCGCCCCUGCUACUUAGCCGCUCCUCGUCAGGUGCUAAUUUAAUAGUUUGCGACGUGAGUUAUCAUUUUUAUCAAUUUUUAUCAAAUUAUAUUUGUAUUUUUUUUUUACAAUAUGCAUCUACCUACUUUCCAUGUGUAAUUUUAAUUAUGUCAAUAGAAUGUUACUGUUGUAAAUUAGAGGGAUGUAGUUACCACUUCCAAAAUACUGCUAAUAAAGAGUAAUACAAGUA